AUGUCCCGGGUCGGCUUGGACAACCUGGCUGGUAGCCAGAGCUGUUAUGUCAACGCCAUGGUUCAGGUGGUUUGCCCGUGCGGCGCACAGUCCAGCCCCACGCCCUAUCAUGCCGGAAUGCUGACAGUAUUGGCUGCCAGCGUCAUGGAUGAAUUUCGGCAGGACCGUACACGGCGCUUUGGAGUGGCACUCAAACGUAGCAUGAUCCAAGAUGGUCACUUAGCCUGCGGCUAUACGCAUUGUACAGCUUCCCCUUCCAGACGCCAUCAAGCGACGACACUUCGCGCCGCCCCUCCAUUUCUCAACCUUGCUCUUACCUGGUCCGAAGCCGCCGCUUCCUCUCAAGACCUGGACCUGCUGCUGAGCAGCAUAGACUUUCGUCUCUAUCCUAGCGACCUCUUUGACCACGUCGAGCUUGGUGGCACAGCUACACAGCCCAUCGCCUACGAACUUACGGGCCUGUUGGUCUAUGGGAGCUCCCACCACUUGGCCAUCGUUCGUGGCAAACAGGAUGUCUGGUGGCUCUGUGAUGACCAUCGUACCCAACACCUGGGUUUUUGGCCUGAAGUCAAGUCCUUCAUCGAGAGCAGGCACUAUCAGCCCAUCCUCCUGACGUACGCCCGAGUCGAUAAUCUGCCCCCGGACCAGGAUGGUGCCAUUCGCUCGGAAUCCAACCCGCUCCAGCAGAAGGCAAACUUGGCCAUCAGCGCAUCAGCCGAUGACCUUGGCCACGUUCUUCGCUUCAUGUCGCACAAUCCCCAAGAAGCUCCACUCGCUCACGCCAGUCGACCAACCUUUCCCGCCAACAGCAACCCACGACCAGCAGGGCCUCCCUCAUACGCAACACCCCUCACUCAGAGCGCAAAUCAACAUCACUACCCCCCGCCCAUGCCCAACACCACCACGUCAGCCAUGCCGCUGCCGCCCGAGGGGUAUAGUCCCUUGGCUUCAAAUCACACCCAUGGUUACAUCCCGCCCCACGCGCCCGUGCAUCACCAUCAGUACCAUGGCCCUGGUCCCGUUCCAUCCAGACCCCCUGCGCAGUCGCUCGACCGACCGUUUGAUAACGCCCCAGCUGACCACUCGUAUCCUCCUCAAGCCCAUACUCCGCAGGCCUAUCCUCCACAGGCCUAUCCCUACAAUCCUCCACAGACCCAUCCCCACGAUCCUCCACAGGCUUAUCCCUACAAUCCUCCACAAGCUUAUCCUCCACAAGCCCACCCUUCACAAGCCCAUUCUCCACAAGCUUAUCCUCCACAAGCCUAUCCUCCACAAGCUUAUCCUUCACAAGCUUAUCCUUCACAAGCCCAUCCUCCACAAGCUUAUCCUCCACAAGCUCCGUCGCCGCACGGCCGACCAUGGAGCCAGCAGCCAUGA